CGUACGCAUCUCUGAGAGGCUCUCGCUGGCUCCCGGUGAAUGGAUCCGGGGUCCCCUGUCCCUCCCAAUUCUGUGCCCAAAGCACAGUCCCUCCUACCUGUGCUAAUCCGAGCGCAUCCAGUCCUGACAGGAUCACAUGCGGAGGGUUACACUGCUUAAUACCCUUUAAUAAGUAGCUUGGAAUUUCUCUGCAUUUAUCUUCACUUCCGACACCAUCUUUUGCGUCUUCCAAUCAGCAAACCCUACAAAUGCCUAAAAACAGUAAAGUUACUCAGCGAGAGCACUGCAAUCAGCAUGUCACAGAGUCUGUGGCUGACCUCUUGGCUCAUGAAGAACCCAUAGAUCACAAAGCAAGUGCUUUGAAUGUUUCAAGCCAAGACAGUCAGCCAAAACAGCUGGAAGACAGCUCAGAACUUGAAGACAGGCCAGCAUGGAACAACAAAUUACAAUACAUUCUUGCACAAAUUGGAUACUCUGUAGGCCUAGGCAAUGUAUGGCGGUUUCCAUACCUUUGUCAGAAAAAUGGAGGAGGUGCUUAUAUGGUUCCCUACCUUAUCUUACUUAUUAUAAUCGGCAUCCCUCUCUUCUUCCUUGAAUUGGCGGUUGGACAGAGAAUUCGCAGAGGGAGCAUUGGAGUAUGGAAUUACAUUUGUCCCCGAUUAGGGGGAAUUGGAUAUGCCAGCUGUGUGGUUUGCUUCUUUGUUGGCCUUUAUUAUAAUGUUAUCAUUGGAUGGAGCAUCUUUUAUUUUUUUCAAUCUUUCCAAUACCCUCUACCAUGGAAUGAAUGCCCAACUGUAAAAAAUGGAUCUGUAAAUGUGGUAGAGGCAGAGUGUGACAAAAGUUCAGCCACAACAUUUUUCUGGUAUCGGGAGGCAUUAGAUAUUUCAAAUUCAAUAUCAGAAGGUGGAGGCCUUAACUGGAAGAUGACAUUGUGUCUGUUAGUUGCUUGGACAAUGGUGUGCAUGGCAAUGAUCAAAGGAAUCCAGUCAUCAGGAAAGGUAAUGUACUUCAGUUCCCUUUUCCCAUAUGUGGUUUUGAUCUGUUUCCUUAUCCGUGGCUUGUUUUUACGGGGGUCUGUUGAUGGAAUACUUCAUAUGUUAACACCAAAGGUUGAGAAAAUGUUGGACCCACAGGUGUGGAGAGAAGCUGCAACACAGGUUUUUUUUGCCUUGGGACUUGGCUUUGGAGGGGUCAUUGCAUUUUCAAGUUACAACAAGCAGGACAAUAACUGCCAGUUUGAUGCUGCUCUUGUCUCUUUUAUAAACUUCUUUACUUCAGUUUUGGCUACGCUGGUUGUUUUUGCAGUGCUUGGGUUCAAAGCUAACGUAAUGAAUGAGAAAUGCGUGGUGCAAAAUGCUGAGAAAAUUCUUGGAUAUAUAAAUACUCAUGAUAUAGACUAUAGUCUGAUACCGCCACACGUGAACUUUUCCCACCUAACAACGGAAGACUAUGCUAAAAUGUAUCAAGUUAUCAAGACAGUAAAAGAAGAUCAUUUUCAAGACCUGCACCUUGAUGCAUGUGUGCUGGAGGAUGAACUUGAUAAGGCAGUCCAAGGAACAGGACUGGCUUUCAUUGCAUUUACAGAGGCUAUGACACAUUUCCCAGCCUCACCUUUUUGGUCUGUUAUGUUUUUCUUCAUGUUGAUUAAUCUUGGACUUGGAAGCAUGAUUGGGACCAUGUCGGGUAUCAUCACACCUAUAAUAGAUACAUUUAAAGUACGUAAGGAAAUUCUGACAGUUAGCUGUUGCAUCGUUGCCUUCCUGCUGGGCUUGAUCUUUGUUCAGCGCUCUGGAAAUUAUUUCGUCAACAUGUUUGAUGAUUACUCUGCCACACUGCCACUCACCAUUGUGGUCAUCCUGGAAAACAUUGCAGUAGCAUGGGUGUAUGGCACAAAGAAGUUCAUGCAGGAGCUAACAGAAAUGCUGGGAUUUCGCCCAUACAGCUAUUACUUUUAUUCAUGGAAAUAUGUUUCCCCAAUCUUCAUGGCAAUACUUCUCACAGCUAGCGUCAUCCAGUUGGGAAUAAGUCCCCCAGGUUACAGUGCAUGGAUCAGAGAACUGGCUGCAGAACAAUUUGUCUUGUAUCCUACGUGGGCUCUUUCUUUACUUAUCACCCUGAUAAUACUAGCUAUCCUUCCAGUCCCAGUUAUCUUCAUUCUCUGGCAGUUCCAGCUCAUUCCAGAUGGAUCCAACAAACUGUCUGUGUCUUAUAAAAAAGGUAUGAUGAAGGAUAUCUCUAACUUGGAGGAUAAUGAUGAAACUCGGUUUAUUCUGAGCAAAGUUCCUAGCGAGACACCAUCUCCUAUGCCUACACACCGUUCAUAUCUGGGUCCAGCAAAUGCAUCACCUUUAGAUCUGGGUGGUGCAUCAAAUGGAAGGUAUGGUAGUGGCUAUUUGCUGGCAACAACCCCUGAGUCUGAACUGUAAUCUAGCCCGCUGGCUAUUUUACAACAUUGUCAAAUGCAAAUUUUCUUUUUUAGCAAACAAGACAAGACAUCACCCUUUGAAGUCUUAUAAAUACACUGAUAACUGGGUUCAAGAUUAAUGUCUCCAUGAUAAUAUAAUUUUAUUCUCUGAUACUGCAGAGAAUGCAGUCUUGUAUUAAUUUGAAAGAACUUUGUUUUGUUUGUCUUUCCUUGACUGGAAAAGUUUAGCUGCUUUAUGAACUUUCAGAAUCUGCCAUUAUGUAAAUUCUUAUUUCCAAGUAUAUAAUUUAAGAAUAUAUGUGAAUUUCAUAAUCAAUAAAGCUUUAAAAAUGGGUAGCACAGGUUUAAGGCAGAUAAGGCUUUUAGACCUAUAUAGACCUAGACCAAUAAUUUGUAAUGCUUCUAUACAGACCUGUGAUACUUUUGCAUGUGUUUAACAUUAAAUACCAUUGAUAAAAUGUGGCAUUACCUACUGGGUUUUGGAAUGCUGAUAUAGCCAUCAUGUGCUGACAAAAAUUAGGCACUCAAUUGAAACACUUCAGAAUGAGCAUAUAUAUAUACCACAAAUCCUUCUUGUCAAUCUCCUCUCUACUUGCAAUAACAGUAGCUGAAAUGUGCCUGAGGUUAUAUUGAAUUCCUUUUUUUUUGGAGAUCAGCAACUGAUAUCCCUUGUUAGAAAUAAGCCUAUCCUUCUCCCCCAGUCAUAUAUAGUAUAACAUUUAUUUGUGCCUGUACAAGCCAUCUUAAAUGGGUCAUCCUCUGCUCCAGAGAUCAGCAGUUGUCUAACUGGGUCAUCGACCAGCCAGUGGGCCCAUCUUUGUAAACACUCAGACCUGUUUUCCCCUUAAAAUAUUCCCCUACACACCACCUGCACUAAAAGACAAAAGUACAUCAUCACCAUAAUAACAGAAGGGAAUUAGUCCAAGGGCAGGUGAAAGGCAAUGGAGCUAGCAAAAUGCUGUACCCAACUUUACCCUUUCCUGUAUUUAGCCGCCUGAUAAUGUUUCAUAACCCAUUGUUGGUACUUGACCAGCUGCAGUACAGUUACCACCAUAUGUAAUAAAAGUCAGUUUGCCCAGGUGCAGUGCAGUAACCAAUAGUAACUAAGCAAAAAGUUUGCUUUUAAAUAGGUGACUUAAUUCUGUGUGCUGAAAAAAAAAGUUUGCUGGCCAGUUUUUACAAGACAAAAAAGUAAAGCAGUUCUUUUCUAAAUUCUGUGUCCCUAUAAAAUAGCAUACAGGCAAUCUUAUUUGGCUGGUCUUUACAGAUUUCAUGUGAUUUUAAAUAUAGAGAAUGAAGGCGGGAAUUAAAGUGUGUGGUUAUAUUUCUGGUUUAAAGCACCCUUCUCUGCACUUAAGCACAAAUGCACCUACAUUAAUACUAGUUAAUGUUAGGUAAUUGGCAAGAGCCAAUUUAUCAAACCAGCUAUUUUUUUUAGGGAAUCCACAGAAUACUUAUACUAGAAUUUUUACACAUAUUUGAACUUAUAUGUGGUUAAACAAUGUCAUUUACAUCAGUUAAUAUAUCUGGUUAAUUAAGCACUUUAGAGGAGCUAGAAAUAUUAUAACUCAGGGUUGCUAUGUUGUGUUGGUAAACCACAUAAUAAAACACUGUGGAAAUUAAGGGUGUGAAAUCAUAUCAGUAUUUGUGGUGAUUUUUAUCUGCGUAAUGGAAGUCUGUCUCCAUAUGGCAGCUGCUUGGUGAUCUAAGGCAUGUUUAGAACAUGUCUGUGGUUACAGUUGCCAAUUUGAGAACUGUGAAUAAAAUGCAAUGCUCUUCUGAAAUCUCUUGACUGGAACCAGAUACAAAACAUGUUACAUUACACUCUCUAGGGACCUGGUACUGAUCUAGAAAAGAUCAGUAAGAGAUUAUUUUCUUUAUUUAUGAAAGCCAAUAAAACUUGAAAAUCCUAAAUAAUUUAACUAUAUGUAUAAUUAUAUAUUGUUAUAUUGUUGUGUAUAUUGUAUAUUUAAUUGUACAUGUCUGUGUAAAUUUUGUCCUUCAGGUAAUAUGUGAACUAUGCCCCUUUUCAUUUUGUAAAUAUGACUUUGCAAUGUACACUGUAUAAAAAAGCUAAUUUUUUAAAGUGACUUGUAUGUGAUUGUACCUCCUGUUCUUGAAACAGAACCGCUUAGUUGUUGCUUUGUGCAAUGUGUGCUUCACUUAGUACUUCUUAUUAAGCUCCCAUUAGGGGUAGUUAACACUAUGUGUUAAGUUUAGAUCUUUUUGUGUACCUGUCCACCAUUUGCAGCAACAUUUGGAAUGUAUUUCUUGGUGUACAGCUAUCGGAUACAGCCUACUUUGUGGCGUACAAAGGAAAAAUGUUCAGCCACAUCUCUGUCACCCGAUCUGCAAAGAUGUAACAUUAAUGGCCUGGUUUAGAGCCAAACAGUGUAAUAGGCCAAUUAGAAGGUUUCCAGAGCAUAAUAUAAUGCCUCCUCAGUCUCUGAGGAGAAUUUUAGCUGAUAUCAAAUCCAACCUAAGAAAAGAUUCUUUUAAAAUAGCACAGAAUAUAAUCUGAGAAGCACAAAGGAAUCCAAGAAAGCAGAGCUUUUACCAGAUAAAAGAAGCACAUGUAUAGUAGAGCUGUGCACUGCCAGACCAGAUCAGUAGUAUACAUGUGUUGUCUAACUGUUUCUGUGUCAUGUACAGCUGGGGCUAAAAGAUCACAAGGAGAGAGGAAGGGCAGCAAUAAUUAUGGCACACAGGAAGCUGGCUCAAAGUGGAAUAAUUAGGAGAUUGGAGAGGCCUAUUAGCAAUAAUUUUACAAACUGUGCUUCGUGAUUUGUGAAUAGCUGUGUGACCUUUAAACACAAUAGACAUAGAAAACAAUAUAUAAGCACUAGAGUCCUUUUAUUCAAAUAGAUUUUUAAAAAUGCAUAUAGCGCUUAAAAUGUAGAAUAUAGACCUACUGAAAAAUAUUUUCACAUAUGAUACAUAUAUUCCCACAAAAUUACUGUACAAGUAUUUCAUAUAAUGGGUUUGCAUAAUAAUAAAGUCACAAUUCAGUGGACAUGAACCUUUGGUUUACAAAUCUUUAUGCAAGGAAAUACAUAAAAAAAAUGUUAUGAAUAGAAACUAUAGAAGUAUAUGAAAUAUGUUUUCUUGCACUGAUAUAUAUGAGCUCAGCAGGAAGAGAUAUACUAGUAGAUAUGGAAUAUUGUGAAAUGCUGUAAUACUGUGUACUGAUUCAGCACAACCAGACUGUCUGCUGCUCAUUGUGUCUAUUAUUGUUAUCUUUCCAUAUGUUCUAGUCUCCAGUCUGUGCUUUGUUUUAGUUAGUUACACAGUAAAACAUUCCAAGCUGUACUCUUGUACAUUAAAUAAACUCUGUUCUUACAAUAAAA